UUAUGAACAGGCUUAGAAAGAAAUUUUUUAAAUCUUUCUAUAUUCAAUGCCUUCUAUGGACUUUAAUUUAUUCAACAACGUUAUUUAUUUAUUUUGCCUUCAUCAGACUAAAUACUUGGCCAAAACAACAGACAUUUCAUUAUAGAAAAAUUAUUCCAGAUUACAACUGUACUUGCAACAAAGAUAUUAUUAAAAAAUCAGCAUUUAAUACCCAACCAAGGUUUUUAAAUUUUUUUUCAUUUUCUCCAAGUAAUACAACUCAACGAAUAUUAUUUUUAUCUGAUUCGAUAAAGAAGUCGGAAAUUUACAACUUUUUUGCUCAAUUUAAAGUGCCUGUUAGACAAGAACAACACUUACCAGGCGAUAUUUUGCUUUUAGAAUUGAAUGGAAAUCCAAGAUUUUCUCUUAUAGUGUUUGAGAAUUUCUUGACAUUUUAUAAUCUUUCGAAAGAACAAAAAGAAGUGUUGCACAAUUUUUCCAAAAAAUAUUCUGUUGGCAUCAUUUCAUUUUUUGAAUUUGAUGGUGGAAAAAGAACCCUCAAAAAUUUUGGCGAAUUUGAGGCUUUUGGUGGAUUACAAGUCAAAACAGUUUCGUUUUCUUCGAAUUCUCCCGUCAGAAAAAUAGGCAAAGAUGGAUUUGAAUAUUCUUUUUCUGAAACGGAACAAACUGGAUGGACACUUUUUAAAGAAGUAUUGCCUAAUUCAAUUCCUCUAUUAGAGGCAACAAUGACAGAAGGAGAUAUUUUUUAUCCAGCUUUUAUUUUUAAUGAGGGUAUGCAUGCUAUAUUUGGUGCAAAACCUGACCAUUGGAUUGUCUAUAUUGCCUUAUUGGAUACAAUUAAUUAUUUUGCUCCUAAUAUUUAUUCAGAAAAUUUGGAAAGGUUUAUUCAAAUCGAUAUUGACGACGUUUUUGUUGGUGCUACCGGGUCUUUGUUUACUGCUAAUGAUAUCAGAGCGCUUAUUAAUCUUCAAGAAAAAUUAAGAAAUUCAAUUGAAAAUUUUACUUUUUCGCUUGGAUUUUCUGGUUAUUUUUUUCGGCAUGGAUCUGAUGCUGAAGUUGAGGGAAAUGACUUUCUUGUUGCAAACGCGCAAAAUUUUAACUGGUUUCCUCAUAUGUGGAGGCACAAUCAUGCUCACGAACAUUCUUUUGAUUAUUUACUUGCUUUAAUGGCACAAAAUAAAUUUUUUGCUGAGAACUAUGGAAUCUCUACAAAUUUGUCUUAUGCUAUAGCACCGAUACAUUCAGGAGUUUAUCCUGUUUAUCAGCCACUUUUUGAUGGUUGGAGAAGAAUUUGGAAUAUUAGUGUUACUUCUACUGAAGAAUACCCACAUUAUUCGCCCUCUUCUCAACGUCGCGGUUUUAUUUAUGAAAAUAUUAGCGUCUUACCACGACAAACCUGCGGUCUUUUUACUCAUACACAUUAUUUUCAUGCGUAUCCUGGAGGAAUAGAAAAUUUUUUAAAUGGCAUUUAUGGGGGCGCUGUUUUCAAAACUUUUCUGCUAAAUAAAUUCUCAAUUUUUAUGACUCAUCAACAAAAUUUUGCUAAUGACAGACUUGGAUCUUUUACUUUUUUAAAUUUAAUAAAAUUUGUACAAUGUUGGACAAAUUUGAAAUUGAAGUGGAUUGAACCUGUUGAAAUGGCAAAACGUUACUUUGAGAAAUUUAAGAGUGAAGAGACGUUGUUAUACACGAAUUUCUGUACCGACAAACGCCACAUUCGAAUGCUCCCAGUGACUACAUCUUGUAAUAAAUUCCAACACCUUCCUAAUUUAAUAAUUUUGGGCCCACAAAAGACGGGUACAACAGCUUUGUCAAUGUUUUUACAAAUUCACCCAAAUAUUUCAACAAAUUUACCAAUUCCUGGUUAUUUUGAAGAACUCCAAUUCUUUGCAGGUCCAAAUUAUAAUAAGGGAAUUGAUUGGUAUGUAGAGAAUUUUAUUUUGAAUGAAUCGUCUUUGCCUUCAUUAAUUCGUUUUGAGAAGUCCGCAAAUUAUUUUGACAAUUCAAAAGCUCCAGCAGCCAUUUCAGCAUUAUUGCCUAAUGCAAAAUUGAUUGUAGUUUUUAGCGAUCCUGUUAAAAGAGCUUAUUCUUGGUAUAAGCAUAUGCAAGCAAAAAAUGAUUCUGUUGCCCUUAAAUAUUCUGCCGAGGAAGUUCUUAUUGGAAAUUUUACUGAAACUGAUCAUUUAAAAAGAAGAUCUCUUUUACCCGGCCUUUAUGCUCAACAUCUUGAAUAUUGGUUCGACUUCUUUCCUCCUUCAAAUUUUUUGUUUGUUGACGGGGACAGACUUCGUACUGAACCAUAUCUCGUCCUUCGCGAUUUAUUCAAUAAAUUGGAACUUCCAAUUGUGGACAAUUUAUCCAAUCGUUUAAAAUUUUCUCAAAAGAAAGGAUUUCAUUGCAUCGUUUUGGAUAAUAAAAAAGCUUCAAUGCAUUGCCUUGGAAAAAGCAAAGGACGUCGUUACGAGCCAAUGUCUGAACGGCUGAAGAGUCAUUUGGAAGCAUUUUACUCAGAGCCGAAUAAAUCUUUAAAAGAAUUUUUAAAUGAAUAUAAAAUACCUUUACCUUCUUUUUUGAUUAAUUAA